AGUAGACAGACCCAGCCUGGCUGCAGAAGCACCUCAAAGCACCUCUAUGGAAUCCAAGGUUUUAGCAAUGGACUCCCUCGCAGUAUCCAAUGGCAACUUUACUUUGGACCUUUUCAAAAUGUUGACUCAAGCACAUCCAGGCAAAAAUCUUUUCUUUUCUUCCUGGAGUAUCUCAUCUGCUCUUGCCAUGGUCUAUUUGGGAGCAAGAAAUAAAACCGCCACCCAGAUGGCCAAGGUACUUCACUUCGGCAGAGGUACUGAAAGUUCUUCCCAGAAUCCAGAUUCUGAAGAUGAAAAAGUCCACCAUGAAUUCCAAGAACAGAUUUUGCAAAUCAACCAACCCAAGAGCACCUACUUGCUCAAAACUGCCAAUAGACUGUAUGGAGAAAAGACUUAUCCUUUCCUUACUGAAUACAUGGAGCUUACUAAGCAACAUUAUCAUGCAGAGGCUCAAGAGGUUAGUUUUUCGAGUGCUGCAGACCAAGUCAGAAAGGAUAUCAACAAGUGGGUUGAAAGUCAAACUGAGCACAAAAUCAAGAAUCUCCUGCCUGAAAAUUCAGUUGAUUCUCAGACUGCUCUGGUUUUAGUAAAUGCCAUUUACUUCAAAGGAAAGUGGGAAAAGAGAUUUCAAGAAGAAGAUACUACUACAGCAGAUUUCAGACUGAGUAAGACCAAGUCAACAUCUGUGCAAAUGAUGUCUCUGAAAGAUACAUUUCCAGUCUUCCAUGAAAACAUCUUGAAAGUCAAUAUCCUUGAGCUUCCAUAUGUGAACAAUGACCUCAGCAUGCUCAUCCUACUCCCUGAUGACAUCACAGAUGAGUCCACGGGUCUGGAAAUGCUGGAAAAGGAAUUGACAUAUGAGAGAUUAUCCAUAUGGACCCGUCCAGAAAUGAUGGAGAAAGCAAAAGUGGAAGUUCACUUGCCCAGGAUCAAGCUGGCCGAGAGUUACGACCUGAAAGCCACUUUACGCAGCAUGGGAAUGACAGACGCCUUCAGCCAAGGUCAAGCGGACUUCACAGGAAUGUCCCAAAAAAACGACUUGUUUCUGUCCCAGGUGUUUCACAAGUCUUUUGUGGAGGUCAACGAAGAAGGCACGGAGGCUUCUGCUGCCACUGCGGCGGUCAUCACCAUAAGAACGUCUCAGAAGCCGAUGGAGUUUAGAGCAGACCACCCCUUCCUCUUCUUCAUCAGGCACAACAAAACAAAAAGCAUCCUCUUCUUUGGUAGGUUCUGUACUCCAUAGGAAGCUUUGCGUCACCUCUGUGGUCGGAGAGACGCCUGGUGAUAGAACUCCGAAAUGCUAAAGAGUCAGGCCUUUGGGAUUUAGUGGGGUUUCCUUCUGAAAUAAACAUGUUGACGAGCAGGCUUGAAAUGCUGUGAGCCAGUAGGGCCUCAGUCUUCUUCUGGUUUUAGGCACGAUAGCAUCUGAACACCUUCCAGCUUUCCCUCUAGAAUCGUAUCUUUCUCUCUUUCUCUCUCUCUGAUGCCCAGUGCUUUCUGUGUCCUCGGAUGCAUUUUGUAAGAGGGCUUGCAGCACCCUGUUCUUAACAGUGGUCCAAAAUUCAGGCAACCAUGAUUCAUACAAUAUAUAUAUAUAUAAACAAUAAAGGCAUUUUUGAAAACUGUA